AUGUCAAGCCUAAAUCCCUUGGCUGAAAGGUCGCCCUCGACUCCAACCACAAUAACAAUCUCGAGAGCAUGGUCAGCAGCCGAAUUCCAGCUCGUAGGCGUUGUCUUCGGAAUCACUCUGGGCUUUGGUUACUUUGUUAUUUCUGCCAACUUGACCUCCGCCUGUAUUACCUUCCUCUUUGCAAGUGGAGUAAUUGAGGCAUCGACUCCAUAUUAUCUAUGCGUUAUACAUCUAUGGGCCAUCCAGCUGAAUUGCGUGUUCCAAAUUAUGGUGAGUCGGAUAAUCUUGAUAUGGUCAAAUCCAUAUCACUGCCAGUGUUUGAGAUGGGGCAUCCUGCUCUGGGCGUUACUCCUGACUGGUGCCGCGUUUUCAACCUGGAUUCCGGCUCGUCUGAAGAUGUCUGACAACAUAAUCAGGAUCAAUGUGAUCUGUUAUCCUAUUGUGAGAUUGAUUUGUUUGAUGACCAAUGCUUGCCUGAAUAUCACGUUUAUCUAUUCGGUCAAGAAGACCUUAGUCGCCAAUGGUUUAACAAAAUACAACAAACUAUUGAAAUUUAACGCCAAGAUCAUGGCUUUGUCGUUGUUCCUGGAUUUAGUGCCUAUAAUGCUCUUCCUUCUAUACAUAUCAUUCUUCCCACUUUCGACGAUGGUUAAACUUGAAAUAGAACUGGUUACCAAUGACUUGAUCGUGGAAGUCAUCAAGUCAGAAAACCAGUUAAAGCGGAUCAGAGAAAGCCAUUCUGGAUUGAUUCCAGGAUAUCCCACGUUGGAUGGAUUAGACAGCACGAUCAAUACCCCUCGCACAUGCUUGUUCAGCGACGAGGAUGGGACGACGAAGUUUCAAGAACCAACAACAGCUGACGACCCUGAACCUGCUGGAUAUGUGGAAAGCUCCACUAGCAGGCUCAGCAGCUUCACAGCUUCAGAUUGGUGA